AUGGGAAUUAAAGUUCGUAAGCCUUUUUGCCUUAGCUUCAAGGGAGUUCCUACACCUUUGAAGAUGCUUUGUGAUAAUGUUUCAGGUUCCCUCGUGCUUUCCGAGUCUCUUAACAAGGACUUUCAGUUAGUUCCUACAUUGGAAGAAUUCUCCUCCAUUUUAGGAUUACCUGUACUCGAUCAGAUGCCUUACACCGGUGAAGAAGAGACUCCUAAGUUGGAAGAUGUUGCUGCUGCGUUGCAUUUGCCUCGAUCAGAAAUCAAGAAGGUUUGGGUGAAUAAAGGAGAAUAUACUGGUUUACCGAUUGACUUCUUGUAUAAUCAAGCUGACAUUUUGAUCAAUGCAACAAGUAUGGAUGCUCUUGAAAAAGUUCUCACUUGCAUAAUCUAUGGACAAGUGUUGUUCCCUCGUUAUGAUAAAAUUGUGGAUGUGAUUGCUCUCAAGAUCUUCAUUAGUAACAAUCUGGUUCCUACUUUAUUGGGUGACUUGCUGCAUUCCAUCAAUCAUCGAUCAUCUAAGGGCAAAGGUUGUAUUCUCGGAUGCGCACCAUUAUUGCAUAAGUGGUUUAUUUCGCACUUAUCCCGUUCUACAAUAAAGAAUGAAGAGGGUUUGACUUGGGUUCAAAGAAUCAUCAAGCUUUCCUACGACGGCCUUAUUUGGAGUCAAAAGGGGUUUGAAGGAUCUCAUUUGUUUGAUAUUUGUGGAGAUUUCCCAAAUGUACCUCUUCUUGGUACUCGAGGGGGAAUAACUUAUAAUCCUAUUCUGGCUCGACAUCAAUUUGGUUUUGCUCUAAAAGACAAGCCUCGUUCUAUAUAUCUUAGUGCAGAAAAUUUUGAUUAUGAUUCAGACCCUACUGGAAAAAAGAAGUUGUUCAUCAAAGCUUGGACCAAGGUGAAGAAAAUAGGAGUAAGAGAAUUAGGAAUGAGGAAUCACAUCCCAUCAGAUCUUUAUUUUAAAUGGGUUUAUGAUCGAGUGGUUGAGUAUGGCAUACCAUAUCCAUCUGAUACUCCUAUAGUUCCAAGAGUUACUUCUCCCGUCGUUAAUGUGGAAGUAGAACCCUAUGUGCCCGCUCCUAACGAAGACCUUGCUGCCACCAUCGCUUGCCUAAGACAAGAAAAGGCUGAUUUGGAAAAACGCUUACAUAAAGUGGAAGAAGAAAAAGCAAUAAUGGCGGCCAAUGCCAAAGAGCGUGAUAGCAUGCUUGAUUACUUUUCCCGCAAGUGGAAGAUUGAAGACUUUAUCUCUCCCGAUCAAAUACAAUCAUGGGAGCAAGAGAUCGAUAGACUUGUCCAAGAGAGAAACGAGAUGAUUAAAGCUCACAAGGAAGAGAUUCGAAGUUUGAAGAGAAAGCGCCAACUCGAAGACUGA